GGAGGCCGCCCUGAUUCCUUCCCGGCCUGGGUGGAGGCCAAGGACCCAGGGAGUACGCUCCCUUCCUAUUCCGGAUCCACCACGACGCCCAGACCCCCGGGCUGUCCAGAGAGCCGCCCGCCGCCCGCCGCCCGCCGCCCGCCGCCCGCGGAGCCAGAAAUUGGAGCCACCGUCUCUCCCGCCAGUGCGGGAGGAUAAGCAGAGCGAGAGCGUCACUCGCAGGACCCGGGGCCCGAGUCACGACUCAGCCCACGUAGACAUCCACGGGGAAUGUAGCGUUGCAGCCCUCAUUAAGGUUUGACGUCAACGAAGAAACUGAGGGGCUGCUUCCCCACCUGAACCUGAGCCUGCCAGAACAACUUGUCCAGACCACCAGGGACCUGAGAGCGGAGAGAAUAUCCGCUGCCUGGCAGCCCUGCGUGGGGCUUUCCAGCAUCAAAACAGAUGAACCAGGGUACAGAGGAUUUACCACCUUUCAAAAAGGAUUUUGGCUCACUGUCGGAAAGGACGUUGCAGCAGAUGGCAUCACCCCAGCCCAGGAGUUCACUGCUAAAGAGGACUCAGCAUCCUCCUCAAGCUCUUAUGCAGAAUUACGCCUUGGACUCAACCCAGCUGUGCCGCUCCACACUUACAGCAGCCUCCCCUACUCCUCCCCUAAACGUCUCCGGGAUCAUUUACAGCAAUAUCACCCACGGGAUGUCUGCCUUCCAGAGCUAGCAGCUUGCUUCCCCUGGGAUCCUGCUAUAUUCUACCCUGCCUGGUAAACUAUCUGGGUGAGAAUUCAGCCCUUGUUAUGGUCAAACAAUGGAGGCGACCAGCAGCUCUGCGCUGGGUGUGCGAAGGGGUCCUCAUCGCCUGAGUAGGAUGCUUGUCUGGCUCUGCUGGGACAUUAGGUGCCUCCAGGGCAAUAAGUUAAAAGAUUAUUUACCUCCCCUGGUUACAAAAAGAGGAAAUACUUCUUCCAAGACUCAGGGUAGCUGCGGCCAGUUCUCCCGGAGAAAUUAUUUUACCACAAAGAUUCAGAGCGCAGAGCCCGGAAGCCUUUGCCCACCAGCCUCCCUGCCGCUGCACUGCAUGGGCACCUUCUGAGAGUGUCAUUUCAAAAGCCAGAUAAAAGCCAAAUGAGGAGCCUGGGAGAAGAGUGUCCAACGUAGCUGUUCUGAAAACCACCCUCCAUUUCAUUCUGGAGCAGGGAGGUUUCACCACACAUCACAAAAGCUUCUCUCCUCGCAGAAAAUUAACUGAGCCAUACAGAUUGUACAAAUCGGACACAACCUUCUGGGUGGAGCAUUAAAUCAACUGUUAUAUUUCUUCAUUCUGCAUUUAGCAAGGUCAUGGAAGAUCUAGAGGAAACAUUAUUUGAAGACUUUGAGAACUACUCCUAUGCCCUGGAAUAUUACUCCCCAGAGACUGAUUUGGAGGAGAAAGCACACCUAGGAGUCGUUCACUGGGUCUCCCUCGUGUUAUACUGUUUGGCAUUUGUUCUGGGCAUUCCAGGAAAUGCCCUUGUCAUUUGGUUUACAGGAUUCAAGUGGAAGAAAACAGUCACCACUCUCUGGUUCCUCAAUCUAGCCAUUGCAGAUUUCAUUUUUCUUCUCUUCCUGCCCCUGUACAUCUCCUAUGUGGCCAUGAAUUUCCACUGGCCCUUUGGCAUCUGGUUGUGCAAGGCCAAUUCCUUCAUUGCCCAGUUGAACAUGUUUGCCAGUGUUUUCUUCCUGACGGUGAUAAGCCUGGACCGCUAUAUCUACUUGAUCCACCCUGUCUUAUCUCAUCGGUACCGGACCCUAAGGAACUCUCUGAUUGUUAUUAUAGUUGUUUGGCUUUUGGCUUCACUAAUGGGUGGUCCAGCCCUGUUUUUCCGGGACACUCUGGAGUUCAAUAACCACACUCUUUGCUAUAACAACUUCCACGAGCAUGAUCCUGACCUCACGUUGAUGAGGCAUCAUAUUCUGACCUGGGUGAAAGUUAUUGUUGGGUACCUCUUCCCUCUUCUAACAAUGAGCAUUUGCUACUUGUGCCUCAUCUUCAAGGUGAAGAAGCGAAGCAUCCUGAUCUCCAGUAAGCACUUCUGGACCAUCCUGGCUGUGGUCAUUGCCUUUUUGAUUUGCUGGACUCCUUAUCACCUGUUUAGCAUUUGGGAGCUCACGAUUCACCACAAUAGCUAUUUCCACCAGGUGCUGCAGGCCGGAAUCCCCCUCUCCACUGGCUUGGCAUUCCUCAAUAGUUGCUUGAACCCCAUCCUUUAUGUCCUAAUUAGUAAGAAGUUCCAAGCACGCUUUCGGGCCUCAGUUGCUGAGAUACUAAAAUAUACGCUGUGGGAAGUGAGUUGUUCUGGCACAGUGAGCGAACAGCUCAGGAACUCUGAAACCAAGAGUCUGUGUCUCCUGGAAACAGCCCAGUGAAUUCUUACUCUUCCACAAAUCAGUAUAUGGCUUUCGUGUGGGUCCCCUGACAGAUGCUUUCGGAUUGUUUGGGUCCAAGACAUAGAGCUGACUGUAUCUUUUUAUUGUUUUUGGUCAUUUUAUUGGCAUCAUAUUUUUCUAUUGAUAUAAAACAUAAGAAGGAUCUUCGUUUUUUUUUUCAGCAACUUAAAUUAUGUGUUUUUCUUGCUAAUUAUACUGU